AUCAACAGCGUCAGAACUGUCAUGGCGACGGUGGACAGUUGGAGCUGGUUUCCAGCGUUAGCUUUGGGAGUUUCUCUCCUCAAAUGUCUGUUUAUCAACGCAUAUCAUUCCACAGAUUUCGAGGUCCACAGGAACUGGUUGGCAGUCACUCACAGUCUGCCGGUGUCCAGGUGGUACCAUGAGAACUCCUCUGAGUGGACGCUGGACUACCCGCCGCUGUUCGCCUGGUUCGAGCUCGGCCUGUCUCACGCUGCUCGUCACUUCGACAGCGACAUGCUGCAGCUGCAGAACCUGAACUACGUCAGCCGGCAGACGGUGCUCUUCCAGAGGCUGUCGGUCGUCUUCACCGACGGGCUUUUUAUCUACGCUGCCAGAGAGUGCUGCAGGUGUGUUCAGGAGCAGAAGGGCACUCGGGACGUUUUGAUCCGCCCGUCCUUCGUCCUGGCCGUCCUGCUGCUCUGGAACUUCGGCCUCCUCGUCGUCGACCAUAUUCAUUUCCAGUAUAACGGCUUCCUGUUCGGAUUCUUGCUGCUGUCGCUGGCCAAACACCUGCAGUCUCGACACCUGCAGGGGGCGCUGCUGUUUGCCGUGCUGCUCAACCUGAAGCACAUCUACCUGUACGUGGCGCCGGCGUACGGCGUCUACCUGCUGCGGAGCUACUGCUUCACUCAGGACGGCAGAGACGGUUCUGUGAGGUGGAGCAGCUUCAGCCCGCUGCGGCUGCUCGCUCUGGGCAGCAUCGUGGCGUCCGUCUGCGCUCUGUCCUUCGGCCCCUUCGUUUACAUGGGUCAGCUCCCUCAGGUCCUGUCCCGUCUCUUCCCCUUUAAGCGGGGCCUCUGUCACGCCUACUGGGCCCCCAACUUCUGGGCUCUCUACAACACGCUGGACAAAAGCCUGGCGAUGCUCGGUGUUCGUCUGGAGCUGCUGCAGGAGGCGGAGCUUCCUCGCGCCUCCAUGACGGGCGGCUUGGUUCAAGAGUUUCAGCACUCGGUCCUCCCCCCCGUCAGCCCCUCCCUCACAGUCACCUGCACCCUGCUCUCCAUCCUGCCGGCGCUGGCGUCCAUCUGGCGGCGUCCUCGCGGUGCUCGCGGUUUCCUGCGCUGCCUGCUGCUCUGUGCUCUCGGAUCCUUCCUGUUCGGCUGGCACGUCCACGAGAAGGCCGUCCUGCUCGCCAUCCUGCCGCUCAGCAUCCUGGCGGUGGAGAGCAGAGAGGAUGCUGGGAUCUUCCUGCUGCUGACCACCACAGGUCAUUACUCGCUGUUCCCGCUGCUCUUCACCCCCGCAGAGCUGCCCAUCAAAGUGCUUCUGAUGCUGAUGUUCACCAUCUACUCUUUCACUGCUCUGAUGAAACUUUACAGUGGUCAGGGCUCUCUGCUGCGCCCUCUGGAGGUCGUCUACCUGCUCGGGCUGCUCGCCGUGGCGCUCGCCUGCGAGGUGGCUUUCCCCCUGACGCCGUGGCAUCAGACGCUGCCCUUCCUGCCCCUGCUGGCCACCUCCGUGUACUGCUCCCUGGGCGUCUGUUACAGCUUCCUGCGUCUUUACGUCAGCCUUCUGCGGCAGGAGGAGAGGCCCAAACAGCUGUGAGAGCUUGCAGGUACACGCCACCUCUAAACCAAUGCAUGCUGGGAUACACUCCAGCCUGUAUGGAUGGUACAUCAGCUGACAUAUUGCACUUUUACAUCUGGCUCGGUGGAAACUCGAGUCAUAUCAGAAACUGUUUCCAGGUGGAUAAAACAAACUCACCACAUGGACCAAAACCUGAGACAUUGAAGUUUGUUUUUCUAUACCUUCAAAUAAAAAUAAAGAUCAUUUAUCUCA